AUGGUAGAUCUUUCGGAGUACCCGCUGCAUCGCGCAGCGCAACAGGACGACGAGGAAUGGUGCCGAGCUCUCCUGGCAGUCAUAGAUGUUGAGACAGUCGAUGCCAGAGGCUGGACCCCGCUUCACGUAGCUGCAGCUUCCGACAAUGGCAACGUCGCAAUGACGAGGAAACUGUUGCAGAAUAAAGCUGACCCUAAUCUCUACAUCCGAGGGGUGGACCCGCCGCUAUACCAUGCUAUCGCUGUAGGCAGCUUGGAGACAGUGCAACUCUUGCUGGACAGUGGUGCAUCUGUUGAUAUCAAGUUCAACAACGGUUGGACGCCGAUGAUGCUUGCAGCAAAAGAAGGCAACCAUGAGAUUGGAAAAGCUCUACAAGCAAAGGGAGCCAACUUGGUUGGGAAAGGUGCCAAUGAUCUCACUCCGCUUCACAUUGCUGCUAUGAAUGGUAGCCGUGUCUUCUACAAGUGGUUGACGCAGGCAGGUGCAGAUACCAGUGCACGGGACGAUCAACAAAGAACGGCGAUGGAAGUUGUUGAAGGAUUUGAAGUUCUUCCGCAACUGUGA